AUGGCGGAAAACUAUCCGCAGUUUCUUUCCUCCAUGAUGGCUGGCGCAGAAGCGCACGUACCCAUGAGCCCGGAAGAGCUAAAUCACCCCUUCUUGUCCGGGCCGCAUAUGCCUAUCAAUACGAUGCCCAUCAACUACCAGAACUUUGGGCAUUUUACCGGAUUUCCAGGGCCUUCGUUUGCUUUUCAGCCAUCAAUAUCCAAAGGACGGCGGAAGUCUGCGUCGGCGGCCUCUGCAGAUACAGAACAGGUUAAACAUCGAAGAACGAGAUCAGGGUGCUUUACCUGUCGUGGCCGGAGAGUUAAGUGCGACGAAACCCGCCCAAUUUGCGAGCGUUGUCGGAAAGGCGGUAGAGAUUGCGUUUAUCCUGACCCAUCAACCUCCAAGGCUAGCUCACGACAGAAAGAAUCCGCGUCAACUUCGGCCUCUAAUCAUAGUCCAACGUCUUCCAACUCUGAGGACCUAGAGCAUGAUGACAGCAAGCGCUCUACAGCAGCGCUCGAUACGAUACCAUACGAUGACGAACAGUCCAUCUAUCCACAACACCCGCUCAAAAACAAGCUAGUACUUCAGAUAUCCGACUACAAUUCGCAGGAAAAGUACAGUUUGUCACCCUCGCCCUCCAAAGCGACCCCAUGUGAUCAGUUCUUCUCCGGCAACCAAGAAUCUGAUUUUCAUUCUUUUCUGCUGGGAGACCAGAGUCUUUCCAGUUUACCGAGCGACUACCAAAUGCAUUUGCAAUUUCUGUACGAAAACGUUACUUGUCAUCACUACUCCCUUACCAACGACACAGACAAUUUCUUUGUUCGUGGUAUGAUCAUCGAGGCAUCCAAGAAUCAGCUGCUUCUUAAUGCAGUGGUGGCGUUCGCUGCUUAUCUGCGAAGCGUUGAACAAGCUGAUGGAGAGCUCCGAACCUUUUUACUUUACUAUAACCGCAGCAUCACGUUACUUUUGGAGUGUCUAAAACAAGAGCAAACGCAUAACCUUCCAACCCUCCUCAGCAUUCUGCAGCUGGCAACAAUAGAGGAGUACUUGGGCGACUGGCUAAACUUGAUGGGCCACCAAAGGGCGGCUUUGGAGCUUUUAACCAAGCUGUUUACACCCCAAACGAUCAUGGAGACACGUAUUGGUCAAAUUUGUCUAACCUGGUUUUCUCGAUUCGACGCUGCGAUGUCCUUUCUCCGAACAGGCCAGUCGAAAUUUCCGCGAGACUGGCUUACUGAGGCCGCCACAUAUUAUCGAGAAAGAAUCAAUGACGAGCCAACGGAAUUAAGAUGGCGGGCCGAGGAGCGCCUAACGCGGCUUCACAUAAUCAGAUACGACGUGUCUGUCUUGCUCUCCAGUGUUGCCGAGGGAGAGAUAUCCGAAUCGAAGUUUUCCGAGCAGCACGAGCACAUCACAACUCGGCUGAUCAAAUGGAGAGACACGUGGGACCCCAUGCUAACAGCACCGAAGUACGCUGUCCAGGAUUAUUCGUGGCGUCCAGCAACGGAUCCAGAUGACAUUAUCGACCCAUGCGAGCCCGGUUUGCUCUACAAUCCACCUCUCAUUAGCUCAACAAUUGCGUUGGUGGAGUGGCACUCCUUGAUGAUAUUACACAUGUCGCUUGCCAAGACAGUCCCGCGAGAAAAGCUCAAAGGGGAUCAGCUGAGGCACGGGUAUGCGUUGUGCCAACUGUUCGAAGCGCUGGAAUACUGGCCUUCGACGCCGAGGGGCAUUCUCUCGAGCCUUGGAAUACCCAUGGUGCUGGUGGCAUUCGUUCUACCGCGAGAUAUGCGACAUCGAACCUGGCUAUGGCGAAAACUUGCAUUGCUAGAAACUAUGGGGACGAUCCAAACCAUGUCAUUCCGAUCGAAAAUGGCCAACCUGUUCCACGAUGAGCGCGCAAUGCGAUGGUGGCUGCCUGACGACAAAGGUUUCAGCUCGAUGCUGCAGAGCAUCCGCAACUUUGCUGACGAGCGGCAUAAUGUGGCGCCUAAUGGACAGCUAGAUUAUGGGCACGCUCUGGGAAGAGUAUUUGGCGAGCUCGCUCUUGGAGGAGAUAUAGCACGAUGA